AUGGCAACUUCAGUAACAUCCACCCAUUUCUCCCAGGAGUUGCUUCAAAGCUUCCAUUCAAGAAAAUUUAUUUUACACUCCUCUCUUUACCCGGCAAUUUCCCCAGCUCAAGGGCACAGCUAUUCCAUCAAUGACAUCAUCCAUACAAAUGCAGCCAUUGUUCUCCUCCUAGCCCUCGUUUGCACCAUCAUUUCCGCUUCAGGGUUGUUUUGUAUGGUCAAGUGUGCAACUAGAGGCUCAGUUUCUGCUGCUGCUGAGCCCAAGUUAGCCAAUAGAGGAGUUGAGCAGAAAGCCUUAAAUUUCUUCCCGGUCGUAAAAUACGCAACCGAACCGAAACGGCCGGGCCUCGGCACCGCUUCUGUUAUAUGCUUGUCGGAGUUCACCGCCGGGGAGGGUCUCCGUAAUUUGCCAGAGUGCAACCACGGAUUUCAUAUUAGUUGUAUCGAUACAUGGCUUGGUUCACAUUCUUCGUGCCCCACACGCAGGCACUGCCUGACUGAAACGAACAAGAUAAAUAUGGAAAGCUGCAGCCAGUGGAACAGUGAACUAAGUUUGCACAAGGGAAAUGCAAUGUGGCUGUGGUUAGCAUUGAGGUUUCUGAGUUUAUUGGCCUCGGAACCCCGGUUAGCAAACACUUACACAGGGGUCAAGCGAAAAGCAUUGAAGACCUUUCCAAAAGUGAGCUACUCGACCGAGUUAAAGCUGCCGGGUUUGGACUCUGAGUGUGUGAUAUGCCUUUCGGAUUUCACACCCAGUGACCGCGUGCGGCUGCUACCCAAGUGCAAUCAUGGGUUCCAUGUUGGAUACAUCGACAAGCGGCUGAAGUCUCAUUCAUCUUGCCCUAAAUGCAGGCACCGCCUCAUCGAGACAUGCGAAAAGAGUCUCAUCGGAACCGGCUCCACCGCCGGAAACCAUUUUGAACUUACCGAUAUUAGCUCCUGA